AUGGUUCAAGCGCCAACACAGAACCACCAUCAGGUUUCCUCACAGAGUAGGGAUCCAUACUUGGAUUUCCUUGAUGGAAGUUUGAUACCUUCUUUACCCAUUGCGGGGGGUAGAGUAGGACAUCAAGAACUGAUGGGAAUGGGUCUCGGCAUGAAUCGUCCUCCUCAGCCAAUCAUCGUUUCACCUCCGAAUCCUCAACUACCUUAUGCAGGAUUACCAUAUACCCGACCUCCUCCUCAACAAGGUAAUAAUGGACUACCGCCUCGAAUCUCUUCAGGUGGAUUACAACCUGGUAUGGUGAUCCGAAGUUCGUCAGAAGGCAAAAAACCUCAUCCCCCUUAUAUUUCGGGAAUGAGGGGACAUAUGCAAACUCAUUCGAUAUCCAAUGUCCGAACAUCUCCUGAUGAAGUAGAGAACAAGUCGGAAAGACCAUUGUUGAAAAGAUCAGGAUCGUUUGGUCAACUCGCCGCAUCUGACUUUCGAAAAGGUCCUACAGGGAAAUACGGACAUGGUCACGGAAGAACGGCUUCAGAAUCAACAAUAAUCGAUAUCCCCCAUUCCCUCAUCCCUUGUUCAGGUCAUGAUCCCCAUCCCGAUAAGCGAAGAACGACAAACCUGCAUCACUCCAUAUCAGAUUCAGCUGUACGUUCAACACCUCUAAACACCCAUAACCCUUCACUAAGUGAUUCUGAGAUUAAUGGGAUCAGACUUGGUUCUAUGAAAGAUACGCCUCCAAUCACCUAUUUAUUAGAUAUCUUACAUUCAUUGAUACCACCCGAAAGAUCAUUGAAUUCACCUCCGCCAUCUUCAGACAGUAGGAUACUUCAUCCAUUAAGUAUAUUGACUCCAAUGUCCAUCAUAUUAGAAGCGUUAGUCAUCGAAAGAACAAUAUUACAAUCACAAUCACAAGAUCAAGAUCAGAAUCAAGAGGAAGACUGUUGUAUCAUCCAACUGCCAUUAUUGAUCAAUGCAACGAGUUUUCAUUUGGAACAGGGUGAAUUGGAUUGGUCAAUAAUGAGAUGGUAUAUAUUAACAUUAGGUCAAUUGCUAAAUAACCUAUUACCAUUCCUUCAAGAGAUCGAACUGAAAGAGAGUGGAUUAUCGAAACAAGAUGAAGAGAUGAUCAAUGAUCUGAUGAAAUCUAUAAGGGCAUACGUUGGAAAGAUGAAAAAGGUCUUUGGUGAGAUAGCUGGUUUGUACGUUGAUAACUACAGCUUUAUAAGAGGUUUUUGGUCUGAAGAAGGAAUGAAAGAUGGUGCUCAAGAAGUAGGUAGAUGGGGUGAUUGGUUUGAUGCUUGA